GGCAUUUGCUUAGUGCUCAUAAAUCUCCAAAAUGCCCGACAUAAUGGGCACAGCGCUAAUUGGCCUCAUUGUCUUCGGUCCCUAUACGCCAUGAAAACUUUCGUUGGCUUCUCAUGGCUGUCGGCUUUGUAUUCGUUGGCGGCGAUACCAAAUGGAUCUGGUGUUGCUGCUCAGAACAAUACGCCCAGUACAUGGCCGCUUCACGACAACGGCCUGAAUGAUGUCGUACAAUGGGACCACUAUUCCUUCAAGGUGAAUGGAAAGCGUCUUUUCGUUUUCUCCGGAGAGAUUCACUACUGGCGUAUCCCUGUCUAUGAGGUUUGGGAAGAUUUGCUGGAGAAGAUCAAGGCAGCUGGCUUCACAGCUUUCGCCUUCUAUGGCAACUGGGCCUACCAUAGCGCAAAUAACCAGACCUUGGACUUCGAGAGCGGCGCGCACGAUUUCACCAAACUCUUUGAGAUUGCGGAGCGCGUUGGCCUCUACGUCAUUACCAGGCCUGGUCCAUAUGUCAAUGCUGAGGCUAAUGCCGGAGGUUUUCCAUUAUGGCUCACCACAGGUGCUUAUGGAAAGCUACGCAACGAUGACCCAAGGUAUAUCAAGGCAUUAGAACCAUACUUCUCCGAGUUCUCCAAGCUCACAUCUGAGCAUCUCGUGACCAAGGGUGGAAAUGCGCUGGUUUACCAGAUUGAGAACGAGUAUGGAGAGCAGUGGCAAAACAGAGACAAGAAGAUUCCAAACCCAAGCGCUGCAAACUACAUGCAAGCACUGGAGGACAUGUCACGAGUCCACGGAAUUGAUGUUCCUCUUAUUCACAACGAUCCCAAUAUGAACACCAGAAGCUGGAGCAAGGACUACGCACCUGGUGCUGUCGGAAAUGUCGAUGUUGCUGGUCUCGACAGCUACCCGUCUUGCUGGUCUUGUAACCUUGACGAGUGCACGGGUACUAACGGAAAAUACGUAGCAUACCAGACCAUCAACUACUAUGAUCAUUUUAAAAAGGUGUCUCCAACCCAGCCAAGCUUCUUCCCAGAGUUCCAAGGUGGCUCAUACAACCCCUGGGGUGGACCGGAAGGCGGCUGUCCCGGGGAUAUUGGCGCUGAUUUUGCCAAUCUAUUCUAUCGGAAUCUGAUCUCCCAGCGGGUCACAGCUAUUUCCCUCUACAUGAUGUUUGGAGGAACAAACUGGGGUGCCCUUGCAGCUCCAGUCACAGCUACGUCCUACGACUACAGCAGCCCUAUCAGCGAGAACCGUGAGAUUGGCGCCAAGUUUUACGAGACCAAGAAUUUGGCCUUGUUCACUCGUGUUGCGGAUGACUUGACAGUCACCGAUCGUCUGGGAAAUUCUACCUCGUACAGCACGAACUCGGCAGUUGAGGCUAGCGAGCUCCGCAACCCCCUUACCAAUGGCGCGUUCUACGUUACCAUUCAUGCUACGUCUUCCUCGGCAACGAGAGAAUCGUUCAAACUCCACGUCAGCACGUCGGCCGGUAACCUCACCAUCCCUCAACAUGGCGGUUCUAUCGUUCUCAAUGGCCACCAGUCUAAGAUUAUUGUCACCGACUUCGCGAUGGGCGACAGUAUUCUUACCUACUCCACUGCAGAAGUCCUCACAUAUGCUCUCAUUGAUUCCCAACCAGUCGUAGUGCUAUCGACUGGCGUUGGCGAGUCUGUUGAGUUCCACGUCAAGGGCACUACAAAGGGCUCAGUUGUUAACAGUGGUGCAAGUUCAAACGCCACCUUUUAUGCCGAAGCCCAGGGUAUCACGACCAAUAUUCAGACUGUAUCUGGCAUGAGCGUAUACCAGUUUGACAAUGGCGUGAAGGUUGUUGUGGCUGAUAAGCCUACCGCUUACUUGUUCUGGGCUCCUAAUCUAUCAAACGACCCCUUUGCGCCUGUUGACCAAUCUGUCUUGGUACAGGGACCAUAUCUAGUACGCCAUGUAGCCCUCGACGACGAUGUCCUCGCCCUAAAGGGAGACAUCAUGAACAGCACUGACAUUGAAGUCUUUGCUUGUGCCAGCGCUAAAACUCUUUCCUGGAACGGAAAGAAGCUAUCUACCUCUCAAACCUCAUACGGCAGUUUGAAGGCACAUGUCACCGCCUUCAACAGUACUAUCCAGCUGCCCUCUCUAGAAGACUGGAAAGUCAACGAAGGUCUCCCAGAAAAGGAGCCCGACUACGAUGACAGCGGUGCUGCAUGGGUCGUUGCAGACCACCGUACCACUCCUAACCCUACGAAACCAGACACGCUUCCGGUUCUCUACGUCGAUGAAUACGGCUUCCACAAUAGCUUCCACCUCUUCCGCGGCUACUUUGACGGCUCGGCCACUGGCGUCCAACUCUCUGUCCAAGGCGGUCUCGCCUUCGGCUGGAGCGCAUGGCUCAACGGCGAACACAUUGGCUCUUGGCUUGGCAACACUACACUGGGUCGAGCCAACGCAACGCUCUCUUUCGCCAACGCAACUGUCCACUCAAACAGCACAAACGUCCUCCUCGUCGCCCAAGACAACACCGGCCACGACCUCCGCGGCGGCGCCACCGACCCCCGCGGCAUCCUCCGCGCCUCCCUUUCCGGCCCCGCAAACUUCACCACCUGGAAAAUCGCCGGAGAAGCCGGCGGGGAAUCUGUGCUUCUCGACCCCGUCCGUGGCCCCUUGGCUGAAGGCGGCCUCGUCGCCGAACGCCUAGGCUGGCACCUUCCUGGCUUCGAUGACGCAGACUGGGCUUCUGCAUCCCCUUCCACCGGCUUCUCAGGCGCAGAUAUCAAAUUUUACCGCACCACCUUCUCUCUAGAUGUCCCCGCCGAUGUCGACGCUUCGUUUGCAUUCAUACUAAAUGCAUCGGCUGCAAAGACGAUUCGUGUCCAACUUUUCGUGAACGGGUACCAAUAUGCGCGGUUUAACCCGUUCGUGGGGAAUGAAGUCAAGUUUCCUGUUCCGCCUGGUAUUCUGAACUAUGGUGGAGAGAAUGUACUGGGGUUGAGUGUUUGGGCGCAGGAGGAAGAGGGUGCGAAGGUGGAUGUGAAGAUGGUGCAGGAGUUCGCAGUGGAGAGUAGUUGGGCGUCGAGGUUUGAUGGGGAGUAUUUGAGGCCGGGGUGGUCGGAGGAGAGGCUGGAGUAUGCCUAGAUGGGUAUGGAUGUAUGUUUGAUAUGUUGAUGCUGUAACGGAUCUGUGCAGUGUCCAAUGAUCAGUUAUGAAUGUCAUG